UCACGUCAUAUUUUGCUUUUACAGAGCAAGCCAAUACAAACGCAUAGGGUUCAUGAACAAGUGCGUCCCGUACGUUCAUGUACUAUGUAAGGAUUAAUAAAAGUGUGGCACGCUACCUGAGACAGAUCGUCCUUCGUGUGUAGUAGAUGCCGGUUUCGCUUUUGUUAUAACAACAGUAGUGCCUGUUGUUCCGUCCUCCGAGAUUAUGAAGUUAAGGAGAGUAGGAGGGCUUCGUGCUCUCGUCUCGUUGGUGGCCUUCUUUUUUGAAGCCGAGCCGUGCAUGCAGCCAGGAGGCCUUGUGUUCCAUUCCAGCUUGGGCACAAGUGAUCUCUCGUAGGGCUUUCCUGCCACCCACCAAAAUAACAUUCUCAUCACUUCAAUAUGGUUGAGUUUGGACGUUUGUCUUGGGUGAUAUCUGCAUGGAUGGGCCAAGCCAUGGGCAGUGCCAUUGAUGUGGCCGUGGAUGAGCGGAAACGGAUGGCCCAUCAAGUGGACAGUCUGGACUUGCUCCUCUUCGUUUGUCUGCUCAUCCUCACCAUUGUGACCUUGUGGACCUUCAAACGCAGACGAAUGCCCUACCUGCACGAGUCCGGAUUGGCCGUGAUCUAUGGCUUGAUUGUGGGCUUGUUGCUAUCCUUCACCGGUUCACCACGGUCCGAAUCCAGCCUCUUCAUUGACAACGCCCAUUCCGCCGAGCUGUUCAAAUUCACCGAGAUGGAAGGACCGCCCAAUCAGCUCUUGGUCUCGGUCCUCUUGCCGAACGUGUCUCAACCCAAAACAUACACUUAUGAGUUCAAGAGCCAAGUGGAUAGCGAGGAUGCCAAUGAUCCCAUCAAGCAGAAGGCCACGUUCAACGCCGAGAUCUUCUUCUACGUUCUGCUCCCGCCGAUCAUCUUUCACGCCGGAUACAACAUGCGGAAGAAGCAUUUCUUCGAUAACAUGGGUGCCAUCAUGGCCUUUGCCUUGGUGGGCACCACUAUCUCGACCUUUGUCAUUGGACUCGUUAUGUACGGAGUGAGCCGACUCAUUCAGGAGAUCCCUCUCAAGUUCCUGGACGUUCUCUACUUUGGAGCCAUUGUCUCGGCCACGGAUCCGGUGACCAUACUCGCCAUUUUUCAGGAUUUGCACGUGGAUCCAAUGCUGAACGGAUUAGUACUGGGGGAAAGUUUGCUCAACGACGCCGUCGCCAUCGUGCUCUGUAGUGCCAUCGAAGAAUACGCCAAAGUGUCCUUGAAUGGUGGUGAUUUAUUCGAGGUAGACGCCCUUCUCUUGACCUUGUUCAAGUUCUUCACCACCGUGUUUGGUUCCAUCGGCCUUGGGGCUUUUAUCGGAUGCUUGACCGCCAUUGUGACCAAAUUCACCCAGCUCCGUGAUUACACCCUCUUGGAAACGUCACUCUUUACCCUCAUGAGCUACAGCAGCUACUUGUUCGCAGAGAUUUGCGGCAUGUCAGGGAUUGUGGCCGUGUUGUUCUGCGGCAUCUUCCAAGCGCAUUACACCUUCACUAAUUUAUCCGACGAGUCCAAAUUGAGAACACGACAAUUCUUCGAAACACUGAACUUUCUGGCAGAGAACUUCAUCUUCUCCUAUUUGGGCGUGUCCAUGUUCACAUUCUCCAAGCACUAUUUCAAUCUAUUUUUCAUCCUGGGCGCAUUUGUUGCCAUUGCUGUAGCCAGAGCUUGCAACAUUUACCCCUUGGGCAUGCUCAUGAAUCUGGGUAGACAACAAAAGAUCCCUAUGCAGUAUCAGCAUAUGAUGUGGUUCUCCGGUCUUCGUGGUGCCAUGGCUUUUGCUUUGGCUGUGUCUAACACUGCCACACCUGUCAGACAAAUGUUCUUUACGACAACUUGCUUGAUUGCAAUCAUCACGGUGAUUUUCCUGGGUGGUUUGACAACACCCAUGUUAUCAAUCUUACAGAUCCCAACCGGCGAGUCUUCCGAAGAACGCGAGGAGCUCAUCAGUGAUUAUGAACAACCAAUGGCCAGCCUGCCGAGUCACACCAAUCGAUCAUACUUGGCCAGGCGUUGGAAGGGACUGGAUCAGUUGUACUUGAAGCCCCUUCUGACCCAUGGUCAGCCUACCUUGAUGGAGACCCUCCCCAAGGAAUUGACCUUCUUGGGCAGAUGGUUCACAUCAGACAUGCAAUUACAAACUCAAUCACGCGAGGCUUUGGGUCCCAGGAAUGGGGAUGAAAUGAUGGGGACAUCGGCCAAAGAUCAAGAUGACCCUCCUCUUUUAGGAGUAGCCGAUCAGGAUUAGUUGGAUCUCCAUAAUAUUCUCUUUGUGUCAAUCAACGUCAUUGUAACCAAACCCUGAAGGGGCACAAAUAUUAGAUAUGAAUUUAAUGGAUCAAGGUCAUAAAUGUCUGUAACCUGAAAACAAAUACAUUUCCUAGUAAAAUGC